AUGGAUGACGACGAAGAUGUUCUCAAGUCACAGGAAGAUGGACUAAAGGCAGAUUUGCAGGAAUUGAAGGCCCAGAUUGAAGAAAACGAACUCAUACAUGGCAUCCCUUCGAAGGGAAUGAGUUCCGUAUACAUUCCAAAAGAUCCCGAGUACUUUCGUCGGAGACGCAAACUUAUUUUACAACGGACGCUGCAGGUUUCAGCGCCGCGUGAUCUCUUUGUACAGGCUGACCAGAUGGUAGCUGACCAGGACACCUGCCAAAAGGGUGAAUUCAAUGCUACUUCGAUCCCACCUCUGCUUCUUCAGUACUUUCUGGACAGGAUGAAUGAAGUUGUGACUGCAAAACACCUCUUGAUGUUACGGUGGAAGCGCUAUUGUUCAGACACUCUGAAAGUUGAGAAGGUAUACCAGGAUUACCUUAUGGUUGCCGAACAUCUAACAGAAGAGUACUUGGAAUGCAGUUCCCGCGCGCAUCGACUGUCGAGUGCAGAUGAGUCCCUUUUAGCGGGAAAUGACAACUGCCUUGAAGAUGUGGAAUUCGACGACUUUCUGAUCUACUGGCGGUCAAUGAUUGUCAAACUGCAAUCCCAGACGUACUUCAAACAGCUCAUUCAUAAACAACCCUAUCACCUAGUCCACUAUGAGGUGGAUGGCGGGAUCCGUGAAAUUCUUAACCUGGUACUCGAAAGGGGGCCCGCAACAUUCCGCGCGGCGAAUGCCAAUGGACUGAGCAGCAGUACAAGCGAAGAAGGCGGAGACGCCUUGGAAGUUGCCUCGGUCUCUCGAGCCGCUCAGAAUACCCCACCCCCUCCGGAGACACCUCCAAAAACCCCUCCACAGGAGACGGGAGGUGAUACUGACACGGAGGACGCUGGUAAGGAAGCAGCCGCAGAGAAGGGCAGUGGUUCAGGUGGGGCACCUGCACAAGCCGCAAAGUUGAGCACCUCGGAGAGCAACGUGCCCAGUGUGGACGACGGAGGGAGUGUGCGGGCCGAGGAGUCGACCGCGCCCAAUGCCGACAGCAACACGGGUGGGACUACGAGUUCGCAGGAGGUCACAGCGCGUGCAGCCACCCCACCAAAAGGCGGCAGCGGACCCGCGGCCAAAUCACUGGCAAGCGCCCCGAGAGGACCCACACUGACCGCUGGCGUUGACGUUGGCACAAUAGACCAGGCUUUCCGCUUCUCAGAGCAUAUUCCCCAACCACCGGGAGUAUUUAUGGCUCAAUUAGGUGGAUCCGGUAUUCCACUGCCGCCGACAAUGACGAAUAUUCAAUAUGCGGCGUGUGGAGGGGGUCUAGUGAUCAACGAGCGUUAUCAUGGACUUCCGCUACAUACUAACGACAUUGCCAGUAUUAGACCACAUCUGGCCAUCUUCGUGGUGGCCUACGGCAUUCAGAUUAAUAUUCAAGCGAUCAGGUCCGCAGCUGACGAAAUGGAGUUGUUUUCCGUCAUUAACAGGAAUUUCCGGCGUUUAUUCCUGGAGCAACAAGAGAUGCGCACAUUCAAAGCUUAUGACGCGGUCACAUCGGGCAAUGACCGCUGGGGUUUUGAUUCGCCCAACAGGGCAAUGAAGAAACCAGCCAACUGGCUGCCCUUCAUAAAAUUAAAGCCGAAACGUAAUGCUGAUUUGGUGAAGGGCAUGAUGGAAUUGAGAUCAGCGGGCAAUCGAGUACAAGAAGCCCUUCGACAUCAUGCCAUGCUCGUUCAACACCCGCCCAUGAUCCAUGCCGCCUCUGUCGUCAGUCAUCGACAAGGAAUGAGCAUUAGUGAGAUCUUCCGUAAAAUAUUCGCCAACCCCGAGCUCUAUGAUGACACCAAUGCUGGAGGGGACUCCAAAAACAACGGACGAGGUGGCUACGAUUUCAACAGCGCCUUGCAAAUGCUUAGUUUGGACGAAUCAACUGACACCAAGGACGAUCCAUCGAGUGUUCAAGGUGCCUACCUCUCAUUCCUUCACUUGCGACAUCUGAAGAUACGCGAUGUCCAACGCACGUGCAUUUCAGUGCUCAAUUACUUUCGGUCGAUUGAACGCACUCUAACGAUCAACGAUCAAGGCCUGUCCCUCGGAAGCCGAGGCGCAGAAAGAGUGAGCCCCCAGAACCACCGCAUUGCGGCCGAACUGCAAGGACACCAGGGUGGCAGCAAUAACCUAGUCGGCCAUGGGUACCUUUUCAGCACCCCAAGGGACUUCAGGAUUAAGGAAACCGAGUUCAUGCAGUUUGCCGACAUUGAAAAUCAUGAUGAUUUCUACUACCACGUGGAUCAUAGGAUUCACGUUCGUGACCAGGUGGGCUGCUGGGUGGUCUACAAUUGCGCCGUUGAAGACUACAAUUGUCUGGAGCGGGACCUCAUGCUCCUGGCGACACACUUCAUUCAAAAGGACAAGGCCAUGCGCAACGCGUCCAACUUCAAGCGCAAACAAGCUGCCAAUGAUAGCGGCAAAAACGAAUUUAACAUCGCAGGUUACUCUCAUCGUGAGGUGGAUCGAUUCGGUGUGCUCUACGACAUUUGGACCAACGAGUGCGCCUUUCAGGAAGCUAAAAAAGAGCUCAUGGAUGUGUACAUGGAGGCCUACCAGCACGUGUGUUCUCGCGAGAGCCGCCGGCACUUGGCCCAGGUAAUGGUCGACUUGAUGCACCAGAGACCGCGGAUAGAGCUCGCGAGCAGUUACUUUGUCCUCGCCUAUCGCUACGAGUGCGCGAUCCUGCGGCUCAAGACGGAAAUCAUGAAGCACUGCUUGAACACUCAGAUUCAACAGCAGAGAGAAUAUUUCACAAAGCUGGGUUCCACUGGCACGGAAAACGGCUACCCGGUACCCUUCAUAACCCAAAACCUCAUCAGUCCACAUACCGACCAGCCAGCACUCAUGCCCUGUUACCUACUGGAGUUGCAGCCAUCAUUGGCAAUGGCGGCAAAUCUAGCCAACGCAAUGCAACGGAGCGUUGACAUGACGUUCGACAUGUUCAAUCCAACGCGAAUGAUUGACGAGUUGGUGCUUGAGAAACGUUUCUAUGAGGUUCUCCAAAUGGAGAUUCACAAUAUCGAGCCCGUUGGUCUCUCCUAUACUCAAGCUCUACAACGCGAUUUAUUUGCUAGCUCCUACGUUGAAGAUGCUAAACAGAUGUCAAAUUUGUGCAACGAACGAUACCUAAUAAUUCAGGACAAGAACACCCGUGGCGACAAGAAGCAACGGAAGGCUUUCCUGCUUAACAACCUGGGUCUCAUGCUUGAUGUAGUGGUUCUCCGGCAUCGUCUGAUCACGUGUCUUUGGGAGUCGGAAGUUCUUGCCAAGAUCUACCUCCACACGGCCAUCGACAUGGGCUACGACGAGUUCAACUUAUUCCUUCGACCCAUCCAGUUUGAGGCCGCCAAGUUCAAGGACGGGGCAGAUGAGGCAAAGCCUCCCUUGUACAUCACCGCGGUGCAGGACGAUGACUCGGUUCUUGAUAAGUUCAUUCCCUCUGCAUUGCCACUUGCUAUUCACGAGUUGGAUGAAACACACGUGGGCAAAUUCUCGUUCCGAGGCAAAGUUACGAUAGCGGAGCUUUGCGAUCAACGCGGCGUCGAUAACCUUUUGGUGAUUCUCAAAACCCAAUUAGCUCAUAAAAACGCCCUCAUCGCUGCCCUGAUGCUCGCAUUCAAUUCCAAACCCUCCUUCUUCAACACAGCGUUCAGUCGAGGGAAGAAGGGUCGGUCAAUGGACCAGGAAGGAACUUCUAUCGCCGAGUACACCGGCUUCACGGGAACUCAGAUGGGUCCAACGCCCCUGGCUCUGGAACGGGCCUUCCACAUGCCUUACGCUGACUACCACCCAGAGGCAUUCUUCUCUGUGCAGCUGGAAAAGACGUGCUGUAGGGACCGCGUUAUGAAUACGUUCGCUAAGAAACUCGAGGCUUCCGCAAAAUCAAAGAACAAGUCAAAGAAUUCGUCAGUUGAAAGUGAGAAAUUAAAACGCGACCUCAUUUCCCAGUUCUGCGACGAUUAUAGCAGACGCACGCAGCAGACAGCGUUGCGUGGCCAAAUAAUCGCUAUUUACACAUCGUUACUAACUGUCCUCAGAAAGGUGCCUAAUAUUUGUGAAGAAUUCUUCACAAUCGGCACGAUGUUUGAAAAGAAGGGCACCGAUGACGACGCAGAGAUGGCCAAAGUAGACCCCCGACAACUGCGGAAACGCGUGCGUAGAGUGCUCUCGCUGGACGGGACCAAAUUCUACAACCUCUGGUUCAUCCCCCACUUCUUGGAGGUGCUGUUUGUCUUUCGACAGCUCGAUGACGAGUCAGCGACUCGGGCACUGCGCUCGAUGUGCAAGUUGGCCAGCGCCUUGCACGACAUCGUCCACUACCUCAUUGCCUUCUCGCGUUUGGGCAUUAGUUCGUCAAAGAUUUCGGCGGAACAAAGGGCGCAGAUUCACGCGAUGGCAAGUAAGACUAUUAAGACCAUGGUACAUGAACGCCAUCCAACCUCGUCCAUGGAGUUUGCCGAACAGCUGGCGGCCAAGGCGGCUGCCGAAAGUCCCAUGGCAGAGCUUGUGGUAGCCGGCAAGCCGGAAUUGUUAGCGGAAAUUAACGAGCAGCCGAAGAAUGCGGUCACCCCGAACGGGCUCACUUUGCCGAACGGACAGAGCCUUCUGAUUGAUCAGGCUGUCGAUGAAAUCAGCGCCUUUGAUGGUGGUCCUAUGUCGAGUUUGGCCGAGGAGUUGCGGGAAAUUCAGUCGCAGAUCAACCUUCUUCCUGACCCCCAAGAUCCAGAGCAGGUUGUCGAGCUCCUCAACGCACGUCGGGAGUACAUGUUCCUGCUGCUGGACGUUUGCCUAUCGAGUGUGCUCGGUGAAACGUUCCUGGCCAACGGCAAUGAAGAAGCCUACAGGGAACUUGUCGAUGGGAGUCGAUUCCCAUUGGCGGAGAUGAGCAAUCGCUGUCAGCCGAGCUUGGACACCCUCGAGAUGUCUGUCCCCGAGCCCUUGGAGCCACAAGACGAACGAGCCAGGACGAUCUUCCCUUGGCACUCAUUCCUCAACACCUCCGGCCCUUUCACCAUUCAGUAUCCUCGCUGGACUCGCCUUGAGUACAACAUUCGUCUGUGCAUGGCUGGUCUCAAACAUGUUGACAGGCCGACUGUUCAUGGCGAAUUUCUCUCCUUGAUGCUUGCCCUUGAAGACGUCCUUGAAACGGGUGAUGUGCCAGAGGCAGCGGCCGGCCAGCCGUUGCCCAUUGAGGAAUACGAGAAUUUCCACUACCUCCUCGGACGCAGAUACCGCAACAAACGCAAGGAAGCACCUGCUCCCGCGGCCGGAGCUAAUGCCACCGGGACAGGAGGAGGCGGCGGUGAGGUAACGGAAACCAAAGAAACCGAAAACGUUCAAUCCACCACGGAGGCUUCACACCCAACAAAAACUGAUACUUCGGUCCCCGCAGAAACGAAGUUGAGCAUAGCGGAGACGCCCAUGGCUGCCUACGCCCUCAUUAAAAAGUACAUCAUUCUUCGCAAACGCGUCGAACUCAUCAGGCGCGAAUGGGGCAAGCGCCGACUCGGACUGGAGGAAAUCGACACUCCCGCCAGCUUCAAACAGGUCACACAAGUGUACCGUCGAGAGCGUCUCUUCCCCCUGCUGCGAAGCCUUUCCAUCCAAUACAAACAACCUGAAAUAUUCGCACUCGGUCCCUUCCAAGAAACUGACGUGCAGAUCUCGCCGAAGGGUAUUCCAGAAAUGGUCAUUCUACAGCGACAGUUGGUGAAGCUGAUUGAAGCCUUUGAAAAUUACAUCAUUGGAGACAUUCGCAAGUUGAUUGUACGCCAAAUUGACUUAGUCAUCAAGGAGAGGAAUCGUGAGGAAGGAAGCUUGCCACUGGACUUAUGGAAGAAACCCGCGAUGAAGGAAUCCCUGACAGUUCAACGCCCUGCCCUGGUUGAAGAGUUCCUCUCAAACCUCAUGGAUGGUGCUUUGGAAGACCGCGAAAAGAAGACCAUAACUUUCGACAUCGAUCAUAUUAACAAGGUCCUGCAGAAUAUGUCGAUUGGCGUUAUGCGGAUGCAGAGAGAAGCCUACGAAAACUAUGCAAUGUACUACGAAAACCUGAUAAAGAAUCAGCACAGCCUUUUGUACGCUAAGGAACGCGAAGUCGUCGGGCUGAAGGAACAGCUGAAGCAAAAAGAACUAGAAACCGAGGUUAAUGUCCAGUUUCAGAUGUCGGAGCAGGCGCACAACCUAAUCCUAGAGGUGACUGCCUUGAGAGCCAAGUUGGCUGAGAACGCCGAGGUUAUGGCGCGUUCAGAGGCGAAGGUUCGUGACCAAGUUCGUCGGGAGUUCAGCUCGGCAAUGCGCAAGCUCUUCGCCCUGAGCUUUGAACAGAAAUCACGCAUCGACGAGUAUCGAAACCACCUCCAUUCCAUCACCCUCAAACGCAUCUCGGAGGUGCGCGAUGAGGCUUCGGCUGAGAUGGCGAGGAUCAAGGAGAAGAGUGGUGCCAAGAGCUCUGCAGAGGACGAAUUGGCAGAGAGAAACCUCAGACUUUCGAGGGAAAUCAACAAUGUCCACCAAAAGAACGUCCACCUUCAACAGAUGGUCUCGAGGAUUAAGUCCAUGGGAGUUUGGAAGGAAACGACGCUUCGUUGUGUCUUCGAAAAACAGAUCAAAGCUGUCGAAGAUCAGCGGAAUAAGAGCAAGACGCAGGUCACGCGCCUCGGAAUGCUAUCGGAGCAGCGAGUGCACAACCUCUCCGACGAAAUGGCAAAACUACGUGAAAAUUUAAGCUCAACGCGUAAGGAACUGGUCGAUCUUCGUCGCCAAUUGGAUAAAGAGGUGAAAGACAAGAUCGAAAAGCGGAACGUCGCCGAACGCAAGGCCGCAACUGACAAGCAAAUCGCUGCGAUCAAACAAAUGCACAUUGAGAAGUUGCUCGCAGACAUUUCAGAGAAGAACGUGCAGAUUAGUGGUUUGAACGAGCAGUUGGCAGUCCACGAGAAAACCAAGCGACAGGUUGUCGAAAAGGCGAUGCGCGAUAUCGAAAACCUCAAGAAGAGACUGGCUGAUGAGCGCAAGCUUAAGAAGAUUGCCAUCCACAAGGUUGACGACCUCCUUUCACAGGUCUACGAAUACGAAACAGCCUUUGCAAUCAAUCAGACAUCCUCACAACAGGGAACCGUCACUAGUGUUCGCCAACAGGAUGGAAAUGAUGAUGGCAAGAGUGGAGGUGCCAAACUGGGCGGCAUCAAGUCGGCUUGCAGAAAGUACCGCUCCACUGCCGUCACGUAUGAUGACCUACUAAAGCGCUUCCCCAUCCCAUACACACCUCAACACUACUUGGAUCACCGAAGAAAGAUGACCCGGAUGAGUCAGCAUCUAACAACUGUCGAAGGUGUCAAUGUUAUGGAGAUUGCUGAAGUUGGCGACAAAAUUGGCGCGAGGGUGAACGUGCCACGGUUGCAGCAGCACAUGGCACAUGAGAUCCUGGGCGAAUUGCUACCCGCGAAACACGACGAAGUGGCCGAAGAGGACAGGGACUGCCAGUGA